AUGUCGAGCUCUCCAGGCCAGCGACUCCAUAGCGAAAGCCACUGGCGAGCGAACCGCAAUCCCACUGCAAGCCCUCUGGGCGGAUAUGGGCUAUCGCAGCAGUCGACCGGGGUAGGGAACAAGCUCGGCAACUUCUUCGACGGCGGUCGCUCGCUCCCGAUGUACAAGGAUAAGCCGUACUUUGCGCCGCGGCGUACAGCGGGGAGGAGUAGGCGGAGGAAGAUUCUGUACGGCGGGUUGUGUGUUUUCGUGUUGGUCUGCCUGUGGUAUUUCAUGGCGGGGUCGUCUAAGCGGCAUAGGCAUGGGUUAGACACGCCUGACACGCCCAAGGGCGAGGAAAUGUGGAAGUGGCUACAGAGUCUUGGGGAUCCCGCGACCGAGAUUGAAGACGGUCACCAGAAUAUCGAUUGGAAUGCGCGAAGGGAAAAGGUUAGGGAUGCUUUCAUUAUUAGCUGGGAUGGAUAUGAGCAGCACGGAUGGGGAUAUGACGAGUACAAACCGAUCGCGAAAGAAGGAAAACAGAUGGUCCCAGGAGGGCUGGGCUGGAUCAUCGUUGACGCCCUCGAUACGCUCAUGAUCAUGAAUCUGACCUCGCGGGUUCAGCACGCGCGCAACUGGAUCCACAACUCGCUACAGUACAACCAAGACCACGACGUCAACACAUUCGAGACGACCAUCCGUAUGUUGGGUGGCCUACUGUCGGCGCAUUACCUGUCCACCGCUCAUCCCGGACUCGCCCCAAUCGCGGACGACGAUGCGGGCUCACCAGGAGAGGAUCUGUAUAUUGAGAAGGCGACCGACUUGGCGGAUAGACUGCUGGGCGCUUUUGGGUCCAAGUCUGGAGUGCCGUAUGCCAGCAUCAAUCUGAAUACGUCGACUGGUAUUCCAUCGCAUGCAGACAAUGGGGCUUCAUCUACCGCGGAGGCGACCACAGUUCAGCUCGAGUUCAAGUACUUGGCCAAGCUGACCGGAGAGGCGGAGUACUGGCGGGUGGUGGAGAAGGUGAUGCAAGUUGUUGAUGACCAGAAGAUGGAAGACGGCCUGCUCCCGAUCUAUAUCUAUCCAGACUCUGGAAAUUUCCGGGGAGACAACAUCCGCCUGGGAAGUCGGGGUGAUUCUUACUACGAGUACCUCAUCAAGCAGUACUUGCAAACAUCUAAACAGGAGCCCAUCUAUAAAGAGCUCUGGGAUGAAUCGCUGAUGGGCGUCCGCAAGCAUCUGAUUGCGUACACCAAGAAUGCUCAGCUGAUGAUCUUGGGGGAGAGGCCGUCUGGGCUCCAUGGGAAACUGUCGCCGAAGAUGGACCACCUGGUCUGCUUCAUGCCGGGAACCAUUGCUCUUGGAGCCACCGGCGGCGUGCCGUUGAGCAAAGCCAGAAAGUCUCCUGACUGGACUCAACGGCAGGAAGAAGAGAUUCUGCUUGCGCGGGAACUGAUGAAGACAUGCUGGGCGACCUACCUCGCGACUGAGACGGGUCUGGCUCCCGAAAUCACGUACUUUACCUUGGACGACCCUCCGAAGAUGUUCCACGACAUGUACCCGGACUCGACGGCGAGCGCGGGCAACCGCGAGUCCCAGGGGGUUGAUUUGCCGAUGAAGUCACAGCCUCUUUACCCGCUGGACGACAAGACCCUCAAGUGGCGGGAAGACAUCCAGAUCCAAAGCCAGGACCGCCACAAUCUCCAACGGCCGGAGACGGUCGAGUCACUGUUCUAUAUGUACCGCGUGACCGGAGACCAGAUGUAUCGCCAGUGGGGAUGGGAGAUGUUCAAGUCCUUUAUCCGCCACACGGCGGUGGUCGAACAUGACCACUCGCACGAGACCGAUGUUCCUGCCGAUGCCGAUGCUGCAGCUGCAGGAGCGCAAGCCGAGAAAGUGGCGCGUCCUUCGCGGAUUACAGGAUUCACAUCGCUGAGCAACGCCAACACCGUGCCCCCCGUAACCCGGGACAACAUGGAGAGUUUCUGGAUGGCAGAGACGCUCAAGUAUUUCUACUUGCUGUUUUCCGACCGGGACUUUAUCUCCCUGGAGGACCAUGUGUUCAACACGGAAGCGCAUCCGCUGCCGCGGUUCCAGCCUACGGGUGAUCUGAAGACGGGGUGGACGCGGAAGCCUCGUUAG